GCACCGACCAGUAAGCAGCAGACCACCAUUGGAACCUAAAUCUUCUUUAUCAAGAAGCUCUACUUAAGAGAUCCCAGCCCCACCGGUGGUUUGCAGAACGAUGGCACCUUCUGCUUUCCUGGUUCUGAUCCUUGCAGCCUUUCUGCCCCUGCCACUGUGUGCACAGGACCCUGCCAUGGUACACUACAUCUACCAGCGCUUUCAAGUCUUGGAGAGAGGACUGGAAAAAUGUACCCAGACCACAAGGGCUUUCAUUCAAGACUUCCGAGAGUUUUCCAAAAACAUAUCGGCCAUGGUGGGAAGAUGUCAGAGUCACACCAGUGAGUAUAAGAGUGCAGUUGAUAACCUGGCACUGAGGGUGGAGCGUGCUCAGCGAGAGAUUGACUAUCUGGAGUACUUACGAGAAGCCGACAUAUGCUCGGAAUCAGAAGAUGCAACAUUGGCAGAAAAGCUCAUCCAAGAUGUUGAAGAUGACAAAAAGAUCCGCACUCUGCUGAAUGCAAGCUGUGACAACAUGCUGAUAGGCAUAAAGUCUUUGAAAAUAAUGAAGAGGACUAUGGAUACAGAUGGCUCAUGGAUGAAAAAUAUUGACAGUGACUCUCCUAAGGUUUAUAUCUUAAUUGGACCCAGAAAUAACACUGUUAGGGAAUUCGCAAACAUACGGGCUUUCAUGGAGGAUAGCACCAAACCAAGCCCCCGGAAGCUAAUCCUUACACAUUCCUGGCAGGGAACAGGUCAGGUAAUUUACAAAGGUUUUCUGUUUUUUCACAAGCAAGGGACUCCCAAUGAGAUAAUAAAAUAUAAUCUGCAAAAGAGGACUGUGGAAGACAGAAUGCUCCUUCCGGGAGGAGCAGGCCGAGCACUGGUCUACCAGCACUCCCCCUCAACUUACAUUGACCUGGCUGUGGAUGAGCAUGGACUCUGGGCCAUCCACUCAGGGCCAGGCAUAUAUGGCCAUUUGGUUCUCACAAAAAUUGAGUCUGGCACCCUAGGAGUGGAGCACUCUUGGGAUACUCCGUGUAGAAGUCAAGGUGCUGAAGCCUCAUUUCUUAUAUGUGGUGUCCUCUAUGUGGUCUACAGUUCUGAUGGCCAAGGCCCCCAUCGUAUCACCUGUGUCUUUGAUCCACUAGACACUAUCACUGAAGAAGAUCUUCCCAAUUUGUUUUUCCCUAAAAGGCCCAAAAGUCACUCAAUGAUCCAUUACAACCCCAGAGAUAAACAACUUUAUGCCUGGAAUGAUGGAAACUUGAUUAUUUACAAACUUCAGACAAAGAGAAAGCAACUUCUGAAGUAAAUGCAUUGUGGUAGAAGGAGCACAACAGAGCCUUUAGGCCACUCCCCAUUGGAAAACAAUUCUGUUUUCAGAGCAUCCAAGGACAAAAUUUAGCAGUGGGAACACAUAAUUUUCUAGAUAUCAUAGAGUUAGGCAGCUUCCAGGAGGUGGGACCAGAACCAAUCUUCAGAAAGUUUUUUU